CUUCUCUACAUUUUAUCUCACACUAAACCCCAAAAACGUCUCUCUCUCUUUCUCAUUCUCUCUCAUAAACAUGAUGAAGAAGAGCAAGCUGAUCACAAAGGCAUGGAAGCAAAUGUCAAGCAGAGUUGCCAAACACCACGUCGCCACUAAGGAUCAAUAUCAUAUUCCACAUGACGUACCAAAGGGGCACCUAGUGGUGUACGUUGGUAAAGAAGAGGAAAGUUACAAGAGGUUCGUUAUAAAGAUCACGUUGCUUCACGAUCCCAUCUUCAGAGCUUUGCUUGAUCAAUCAAAAGAUGAAGCUUAUGACGAUUUCACUUCCGGAGAUUCCAAGCUUUGUAUUCCUUGUGACGAAAGCCUCUUCCUUGAGGUCAUCCGUUGUGCUUCUCCUCGUUAUUCUUGAUGAGUCUUUGAUCACGAAGAGGGUUCUUCGUA